UCUUCUUUUUUUAAUAUCAAUGGAACUCCUAUUGCCAAACCCUGCAAACUCACCCCCUCUGACAACUUUAGACUUCCUGGAGAGAGCUGCCACUGCCUAUGGCGACUCCCCUUCCAUCAUCUACAACAACAUUUCAUACACGUGGUCUCAAACCCACCGUCGAUGUCUCCAGGUGGCAUCAUCGCUGACUUCCCUUGGCAUCCAACGAGGCCAAGUAGUUUCAGUUGUCGCCCCCAACGUUCCCUCCAUGUACGAGCUCCAAUUCGCCGUCCCCAUGUCGGGAGCUGUCCUUAACAACAUCAACACUCGCCUUGAUGCCAACACCUUGUCCGUACUCUUACAGCACAGCGAAUCCAAGCUCGUUCUUGUUGAUCACCAGUCUAGUUCUCUUGUUCUUGAGGCAAUCUCUUUGUUUCCGAGCAAAACCAAAGCCCCGCAACUUGUCCUCAUCGACGAUGAAAAGGACUCAGGCAGCAAAAACCGAUCAUCUUCUGUCCAUUUUCUUGAUCAUUACGAGGGGAUCUUAGAAGAUGGUGAUCCAAAGUUUAAAUGGGUCAGGCCUAAGAGUGAGUGGGAGCCAAUGGUGUUAAACUACACAUCGGGUACAACAUCUUCUCCCAAAGGUGUGAUCCUAAGCCACAGGGGAGCUUUCAUAAUCACCAUGGCUACUUUGCUUGAUUGGUCAGUUCCCAAUCAGCCUGUUUACUUGUGGACCCUACCCAUGUUCCAUGCUAAUGGGUGGAGUCUCCCUUGGGGAAUGGCUGCCGUAGGUGCGACCAACAUUUGCCUCCGAAAGAUUGACACAUCGGUUAUUUAUCGCUUGAUUGAACAACAUGGCGUGACCCACAUGUGCGGUGCGCCUGUGGUGCUCAACUUGCUAUCAAAUUCUUCACACCUCGAACCACUGAACCGCCCUGUCCAAAUUCUAACAGCCGGUGCACCCCCACCAGCACCCGUGCUAGGCCGGACCGAGUCAAUGGGCUUUGUGGUGAGCCACGGUUACGGGUUAACUGAAACAGGAGGAGUCGUUGUGACAUGUGCAUGGAAAAAGAAAUGGAACAAGCUACCGUUAACAGAAAGAGCCAGGCUAAAGUCAAGACAGGGAGUUAAAUCUGCUGUUUUCACGGAAGUUGACGUCUUUGACCCUGAGACAGGAGAAAGCGUCAAACGCGACGGUAAAACACUUGGCGAGGUUGUUUUACGAGGUGGGUGUGUCAUGUUGGGAUACCUCAAAGACCCUGAAGGGACAUCCAAUUGCAUGAGAGAAAAUGGUUGGUUGUACAGUGGAGAUGUUGGGGUAAUUCACCCUGAUGGUUAUUUGGAAAUUAAGGAUCGUUCAAAGGAUAUUAUUAUAAGCGGUGGAGAAAAUAUAAGCAGCCCUGAAAUUGAGUCAGUGUUGUAUUCGCAUCCGGCGGUUAAUGAGGCGGCCGUGGUGGCUAGGCCUGAUAAGUUUUGGGGUGAGACGCCGUGUGCUUUUGUGAGUUUGAAGAAGAAUAUUGAUAAUGAGUUGACUCAGAAACCAACUGAGGAGGAGAUUAUAGAGUAUUGUAGGGAUAAGCUGCCGCAUUAUAUGGCGCCGAAGACGGUGGUGUUUCAGGAAGAGCUUCCCAAGACGUCAACAGGGAAAGUACAGAAGUUUAUUCUGAGGGAAAUUGCGAAGGCUAUGAGUGGAGAUAAAUCGAGCUGUGCACUCGGUUAGGCACUCGGUAAUAUUUUUGGUUUCUAUUUCAUGCCUGCACCUAUACUUUUAUGCAUUGUGUUUAUAAUUUAAUUUUAAAAAAUAAUGCUGCAUUGGUUGUAUUAAUAUCAAAACAAAAUUUCUUGAGCACUUUUUUUUUUCCUACAUUUUUGG